GUGAGUCACCAGGUUUCAGUCUUUUUAUUGCACUACGGGGCAACACCAAACAGCACAACCGGCAAUGUAUACCAGCCGAAUUGACGUUGAAGCGAAGUCUGAGAACAAGACUAUCACUAUUACGUCCUGAAGCUGACAGUGAAUUGAGAGAGGCUCAGAGUCAACAAUAUGACACUGCAUCUGGCCUUGUUCGACAGCUAGAGCCGGGAAUGACAGUCAGUGUUGCAAAUCCAAGACAAGAUAGCAGAGGGAAAUGGCUAUGUGGCAUCAUUAUCCAACUUUUAGGGCCUGCAACAUAUCUUGUAAGUGUUGAAGGAGGGACAAGGUAUAUCCAUAUUGACCAGUUGAGACAGCAUGAUGGAAGGAGUUUUCCAGAGUACACAUGGGAAUCUACAGGAGAUAUAUCUGUACCCACAAUGAACCAAGACAAUGGCAACAGGAAGCGAAAAGGUCAAGAUCAACGUAGUGCUACAAGUACAUCCACAAGCACAUCAUCAGGAUCCUCUCAAGAUAAUAACAGUGCACAAGAAAACAUCACCGAGACUACACCAAUGUCCCAGCAGUCUCACCAGGUACCAUCGCCUACAGCAGUUGCUGAAGAGAGACGAUGCCCUCUUCGUGAAAACAGAAAACUACCUGCAGGAUACAGACAAUCCUAAAGGGGGAGGAGUGUGGUAUAGUAUACUAAUUAGAUUAGCUAUGUAUAUGUUGUGAGACAAUUCAUCUUUAGUUAGUCUGUGUUUAGUCUGAGUAGUCUGCGUUCAGCGUUCUGUGAGUAAUAGAGC